AUGGCUCCCACCCAGGUGUCCCUGAACUCCCAGGGUGCAGGGUCUAUGCUGGGGCACAAGAGAAAACGUCGCUCCACACCGUUAAGUUCUUCCACUCUUCCUCCACAAGCCACAGAAAACAGCUCCCACCUGCAGGCUACAGAGAUCUCUCUGUGGACCUUGGUGGCCGCCAUCCAGGCGGUGGAGAAGAAGAUGGAGUCCCAGGCUGCCCGGCUCCAGAGCCUGGAGGGGCGCACGAGGACGAGUGAGAAGAAGCUGGCCGACUGCGAGAAGACGGCCGUGGAGUUCGGGAACCACAUGGAGAGCAAGUGGGCCGUGCUGGGGACGUUGCUGCAGGAGUACGGGCUGCUGCAGCGGAGGCUGGAGAACAUGGAGAACCUGCUGAGGAAUAGAAACUUCUGGAUCCUGCGGCUGCCCCCGGGCAGCAAUGGAGAAGUCCCCAAGGUGGCCCGCUCACUGGAGGAGGAUGGAGUCUGUCUUUCCAAGCAGGAGUGGGAGAACCUGGAGGACUGGCAGAGGGAGCUUUACAGAAACGUGAUGACAAGCAAUUAUGAGACGCUCGUGUCGCUGAAGGUUCUUGGCCAGCCCGAAGGAGAAGUAGAGUUGGCUACAGAGAUGCUAGGUGGCUUGGAAGAGGAUGGCGCUGGCAUUGCCCACCCAGCAGACAGGGCCAUGAUCAAGCAGGAAGCACAGAGCGAGCAGGAACGUCUUGAGGAUCUUUCCGGAGUGUUCCCAGGCACGGCUGGAGAGCCAGCUCUGCCGAGCCCAGAGCAGGCGUGUCUCUGGGGUGGUCAGGGCAACUCUGUCUUCACUGAGUCAGACCCCGGGGGCCUGGAGGAUGAGGAGCCCGCUGACGGAAGUGGAGAGGCCAGUAGCGGCAGGACUCCAGGUGGCUGCCUUCAGCAGGCACCACUGAGUCAGGAGGGGAGGCCCUAUGGGUGUUCUGAGUGUGGGGUCAGCUUCCGUAGCAAGCAGCACCUAGCCACCCACCAGCGGACACACUCGGGGUGGGCGUCUCACACAGACCCAGAGCCUGGGGAGAAGCUUCGGCCCAGGCCUCGACUCAAGCCACAGGCCAGGAAGGCCCGGCUGCAUCAGUGUGGCGUGUGCCUGCGGAGCUUCAGCUGCAAGGUGAGUCUGGCCACCCACCAGCGCUGCCACCAGCAGGAGGGGCCUGGGCCUGGCCCACAAGCCCAGGAGAGGUUCUCACCCAACAGCCUGGUGGCCCUGCCGGGUCACAUCCCUUGGCGGAAAAGCCGGAGCGCCCUCAUCUGUGGCUUCUGUGGUAAGGGCUUCAGCCACCCAUCUGACCUGGUGCGGCACCAACGCAUCCACACGGGCGAGCGGCCGUACCGCUGCUCGGAGUGCGACAAGAGCUUCGUCCAGAAACAGCAUCUCCUGCAGCACCAGAAGACCCACCAGCGCAAGAGGGGCGCAGCAGCCCUGGAGCCGGGGAGGCCCAAAGCUCUGCUCCCCGAAGAACCACCACAUUACUGUCACCUGAUUGUCUCCAUUGCCACUGCUGGACCCACGCUUCCCCCCAACACUUCUGCUUCCCAGCGCAUGAGGAGAGUGUCCUUCACGUUAGAGGUCCACCGGGCCUGCUACCAGGCUGGUUGGCUCAGGGAGCGAAAUCAUGGUGUCAGGGACAAGUUAGAACCCCUGGGUUCUGGGGUCCCAAUGCAACCCCGCUUUGCCCUGAAAGAGGGGCGCCGGGAACGAGGUCUUUGGCCCUUUCCUCGGACCCAGACCCCGGAGGGAGAUCAGGGCCGGACCGUGGUCUGCGGGCUGUCCCCGGUGUCCACUGUCGCGAAGGGUUCGGGUCUGGAGGCUGGAUCCACGGAGCGGGAUGGCGGGGCGGUCCUUCGGGCUGCAGGGGGCGCUGUGCGCGGCCGCCGCUCUUGUUACAGCGCAUGUGGCCGGGACGCUGCUCGUGGCUGCCGGCGAGUUCCACUGCCGGUUUUGCUUUGCCGCCACCCAGGCCGAUUCCACGGCCGCCCAUCCACCCAGGCCUGCCAGCGCGCAGCCAUGGCCAACGCGGCGCCCGCCCGGGCUCCAGAGAUGGACAAGCAGACAGAGCCGCCAGCUACUGAACAGAGAGCCUACCUGUACCCCACAGAGAUCACACUGUGGACCGUGGUGGCCACUCUACAGGCCAUGGAGAAGAAGGUGGACUCCUGCCUGACCCGCUUGCUGACUCUGGAGGGGUACACAGGGACAGCCAAGACGAUGCUGGCCGACUGCGAGAAGACGGCCAUGGAGUUUGCGAACCAUCUAGAGAGCAAGUGGGUCGUGCUGGGGACGUUGCUACAGGAGUACGGGCUGCUGCAGCGGAGGCUGGAGAACAUGGAGAACCUGCUGAGGAAUAGAAACUUCUGGAUCCUGCGGCUGCCCCCGGGCAGCAAGGGCGAGGUGCCCAAGGUGCCCGUGACCUUCGACGACGUGGCCGUGUAUUUCUCGGAGCAGGAGUGGGGGAAGCUGGAUGAGUGGCAGAAGGAGCUGUACAAGCACGUGAUGAGGGGCAACUACGAAACUCUGGUGUCCCUGGACUAUGCCAUUUCCAAGCCUGACAUCCUCACCUGGCUCGAGAGGGGAGAGGAGCCGUGUUCUGAGGUCCAGUGGGGUCAGGAGAAGGAGAUGGUGCACCCAAGGGAGCCGGUCUCUGGUCUCCCUUCUGACCCAGAGCAUGUACCUAGCCCCAGCAGCCUGGCCCGGGACCCGGAGCCCGGAGCAGCACAGACAGCUGGGCACCAGCAAGCCUCAGACAGAAGAGUGAUACCUACUGCAUCGGGCACCGGGUCUGCUAGGGAGGGACAGACCCACUCCAGGAAAGGCCUGUCAGGACUCUCUCUCACAGAGCCCUCAGCCUGCACCCUCGUCUCGUCCUCGAUCAGUCAGGAGGAAGAUUAUAGUGAGGAGCCGGACACUUCCUUUCCUGGGGAGACCAUGCCCAACUUGGGGCCAGCUUUACAGGUGGUCUCCUUCCAGAAAGACCACCUGAAUGAGCUCUUAGCUGAAGGUCUGGUAUCAAGUGGGACCCGCCCAUGUGUAGGCUCUGGAGAUCCCGAGUUUGAAGCAGGAGUGGAUGACGGUCACGUGAUCAUCAAGACGGAAGCCCAAUCCGAGGACGAUCUGACGCCGGAGCAGUGUUUCCCGUCAGAGUCACCAGGCUGGACCAAGUGUGGAGUCCCCAAAGGGUCCCGGGACAGAACUGGGGGCCGCAGCCGGCAUCACAGUGAGACGGUGCCGAGGGAUAGGCCACGGGCCUCCGGGGAGCCACGGCGUGUCCUCCCUCGCCGUCGGCAGCGGGCCUUCUCUUGCCCUGACUGUGGGCAGAGCUUCCGCCUGAAGAUCAACCUGACCAUCCAUCAGCGGACUCACGCGGAAGAGGACUCCGCUGUGGUCCGCAGCCCGUCCCCCGACUGGGGCGACACCCAGCCCGCCCUGGAGCCCGGCGAGGUGGUGGCCUCCGGUCCGGUCAUCUGCUGGCUGCCCGCUGAGCCUGCGGGCCAGAGCCUGGGGACCGCAGCGGCCAAGGUGUACCACUGCAGCGAGUGCCUGCGCGCCUUCCAGCGGCGCAAGAGUCUGAUGCUGCACCAGCGGCUGCACACCGGCCACAGCCAGGGCUCGCCGGCCUGCCCUUACUGUGGCAAGGCCUUCCGCCAGCCCUCCGACCUCUUCCGCCACCAGCGCAUCCACACGGGCGAGCGGCCCUACCACUGCCCGCAGUGUGGCCGCACCUUCAACCGUAACCACCACCUGACGGUGCACAUGCAGAUCCACACACGGGGUGCCGCCACGGCCCAGAGCGGCCGCCCUCCACCCCCAGGACCCGUGCCCCGCAAGGGCCGGCCCUCCUCGGCCUGA